AUCUGAAUGGCCUGAUUUAACAAAAGAACUGAUCCAGACUGGUGAAUUAACUAAAGAAGAAGUCGCUCCACAUGCGCAUCUCACUAUCGUUGGUAUUGUUUGUUCAAUUGACAAUGAUAUGGCAAAAACUGAUAUUACCAUUGGUGCCGUGACUUCACUACAUCGUAUUUGUGAGGCUAUUGAUAACAUUUCAUCUACGGCAUUUAGCCAUUCUCGUGCUUUUGUCAUUGAAGUAAUGGGAAGAAAUUGUGGUUGGUUGGCUUUAAUGGCUGCUAUUAGUACUGGCGCAGAUUAUGUUUUUAUUCCUGAACGUCCUCCAGAAGCAGAAAAGUGGAAGAAAGAAAUGUGUGAAACAUUAGAAAAGCAACGCGAAGCUGGCAAACGUAAUACGAUAAUAAUUGUAGCUGAAGGCGCCAUUGACGAUAAUUUAAAACCUAUCAAACCUGAAGAUAUCAGAAAACUCUUGACUGAGGUGAAAAUUGACACGAGAGUCACGACGUUAGGACAUAUUCAACGUGGUGGUAGACCAUGUGUUUAUGAUCGGAAUCUUGCUACUCUGCAGGGUUUUGAAGCUGUAAAAGCUGUUCUUCAAGCAACUCCAGAUACUCCAUCUCCGAUGAUUUCUGUAAGAGAGAAUAAAUUCAUGUGUGAAACGUUAAUGGAGGCUGUUGAAUUGACCCAUCAGGUCUCUAAAGCUAUUUCGGAAAAGAAUUUCCGUAGAGCAAUGGAAUUGAGAGACCCCGAAUUUGCCCAAGGUUUCGAUGCAUAUUUGUCUACGUCCUUUAUGGAGAAUAAAGCAUCAUUGCAAGGAAAUCAUUGCCUAAGGAUAGGUAUAAUUCACAUUGGUGCACCUGCUGGAGGGAUGAAUGCCGCAACACGUGCUGCUGUUCGAGUUGCUAUUAAUCAUGGUCAUAAACCUAUUGCUAUAUAUAAUGGCUUUACCGGUCUUCUACAAGAAAAUGUCCGUGAACUUAAUUGGUUAGAU